AUGGUAAUACAGCUAGAAAAUUUUUUAAAAAUUUUGAAAAGUGCCAAAAUUACCAAUAUAGAUGAAGAACUUAUUAAAAAAUUUGGAAAUAUACUGAUGGUUUUAGCUAGUGGUUACGAAAUAGAUACAGAAUCAUUUAAGAACUAUUGUUUGGAUACAGCAAAAUAUUAUAUUACUCUAUAUCCAUGGUAUAACAUGCCCGCGAGUGUACAUAAAAUAUUAAUACACGGUGCUGAUGUUAUUCAACACGCACUACUUCCAAUUGGUCAAUUAUCCGAGGAAGCUCAGGAAUGCAGAAAUAAGGAUUUUAAGAUAUUUAGACAACAUCAUUCAAGAAAAAAUUCUAGGAUCAAUAAUAAUGAAGAUCUUGUACAUAUGUCAUGUGUAUCAUCGGAUCCAGUUAUAUCAAGUUUACGUAACGUACUAAAAAAAAAUAUACUCAAGCUUUCCGAUGAAGCACAAAACCUUGUAAAUAUCGAAUAA